UGAGUGGGAUAAAUUUUGUGGUGUAUAAUUUGUGCCCUAAUUUAAACAAUAAAUAAUAAAUACCCAAUAAUCCGAAUUACACUGCUUUUGUGAGUGUUUUGUGAAUAAAUGCACCCCAAGGAGUAAACUGUGCAGGAACCAUUCCACAACAAACUGGAUCAUAAUGGAGCUUUCGCAUAGUCUAACAUUGAACGAAGAAGCAUUGGCACAAGUUCCAGCAGCAAAGAGGCCGGUAUUUGUAUUUGAAUGGCUUCGAUUUUUAGAUAAAGUAUUAAUUGCAGCUCAAAAGAAUGAUAUUAAGGGUUGCCAAAAGAAAUUAGUGGAGCAAUUAACAAGUCACAUUCAAGAGUCACCUGGACCGCCCACAAGGAAGUUAAUUGCCAGAUCGUUGGCUACACUUUUUUCUGUUGGCGAUACAUUCCUUCUAUUCGACACUGUCAAUAAGUGCAAUGAGAUAUUAAAGAACAAGGACGACUCGCCUAGUUUUUUACCUACCAAAUUAGCUGCAAUUUGUUGUGUGGGAUCUAUGUAUGAGAAAUUGGGCAGGAUGAUGGGAAGAUCAUACGAAGAAACCGUUCAAAUACUCAUCAGGUGUCUACGAAGUGGCGAAUCUCAAACUCGUAUUGAAAUCAUGUUGACACUAGAAAAGGUAUGUGCGGGUAUGGGUAACGCAAUCUCGAAUGUGCACAAAGAAAUAUAUAAGGCAGCGCGACAUUGCCUAAUCGAUAGGGUAAUGGCGGUGCGUUGUGCUGCGUCACGGUGUAUACUGGAAAUGUUAAACCAUGCGCCUUUUUUGUAUACGACCGAACUGGAAAACUUUGCGACCUUGUGCUUUAGGGCUUUUGACGGUUCCAAUUACGAAGUACGUUGUUUCGUUGCAAAACUGUUGGGUACUCUUAUAGCGACCACUCAGCAAAAUCAGAAGACUGGCCAAAGUGCGCAACAACUGAAGAACGUUAAAUUAGUUUCUUUAGACGAAGCCUUGGGUAUACUAAUGUCUGGUUUUCUAAGAGGAGGGGUAGGAUUCCUGAAAGGUACCGGAGAAAUUAUUAAAGGCAGUUCUGGGGUGAAUCGGGAAAUACGAGUUGGUGUCACCCAUGCGUACGUGGUGUUCGUUCAGAUCUUGGGAGGAGUUUGGCUGGAGAGAAACAUGAAAGCGUUUUUAUCUCACGUUUUGUAUUUAGUCGCCAACCCCAAGGCAGCAUCCUCUCAUGUAGACGCGGUUUAUUCUAGAAAAUGUGUUAAUUUUAUCUUGAGGAGUGUAUUAGGGAAAAUGUUAGGCGAGAAAGCACAAUUAUUAGCGUGUAAGGAGAUAGCACAAAUUAUCGUGAAGGAAAUGAAUUCUAUUGAUUUCAACCCGGAAAAUGCCAAAGACUGUAAUCAGGAAACACUAUUUAGCCAACACCUUUUAGUUUGUGCUUUACAAGAAAUUGGAAGUUUAGUUCUUAGUUUAGGCACUACUGCGUACGAUUUAACAACAGAUCCCACUCUCAAUUUAAUAAAUGCCGCUGUAGGCGUUUUGAUUCAUCCAUGUCAAGCAGCUCGGCUCGCCGCAGCAUGGUGUUUACGAUGUAUAUGUGUGGCAGUGCCGAGUCAAACAACACCUUUAAUUGAUAGAUGUGUCGCUGGAAUUGAGGAUUUACGAACUUCUCCAGAAGCUAUAGCAGGUUACAGUUGCGCCUUGGCCGCUGUACUAGGAGGGGUUCAUCUGUCUCCAUUAGGCGUACCACACACUAAAGGAAAAGUGAUAUUCAAUACCGCAGAAGAAUUACUGAGGAGCGCGAGUCAAAAUAGUAGAUUGUCGAUUAAUCGAACUCAAGCUGGAUGGCUACUAAUUGGCGCCAUUAUGACUUUAGGAGUGCCUGUGGUGAGAGGAUUACUACCGAGAAUGUUACUUUUGUGGAGAAAUUCGUUCCCGCGGUCUGCCAAGGAGUUAGAAUCGGAAAAGGCGAGAGGUGAUGCGUUUACAUGGCAAGUUACCUUGGAGGGACGGGCUGGGGCUUUAUCAGCAAUGCAUAGUUUUGUACAAAAUUGCCCUGAAUUGGUUACCGAAGAUAUUAUUCGCAGACUACUAACUCCCAUAGAGUCUGCUUUGGCAAUGUUGGCAAACAUCGCCAAUGUUCUUAAAAGUUACGGUCAACAACUUAAAGCCCCUGCUGCGAUGGUUCGAUUGCGAUUAUACGAAACUCUCUUACUACUUCCUUCACAAUCAUUUGAAGGUUCUUACACCCAUCUAUUACGGAUGUUAGUUGCGGAAUUUACCUUAACUGAAAAUCCUGCAAAUACAACCACUUCACAGCUCAGAACCGUCUGUCAUGCUGAUGAUUCGGUUAUAUUGGGCACUUGGCUACAAGAGACGGAUCAUCGCACAAUUGAGGAUCAAUUGCAACCGAACAGUGCGGCAGGAUCGGGUGCUUUGGAACAUGACCCUUGUUGUCUGUAUCGCCCGUUAUUGAAUGUAAGUGAUUCCAUCGAUUUGAAAAAUUAUUUAUACGUUACACACAGCAUGAGAACUCCUGGUCCACUUCCUCUGGGUGUAGCAGUAAUAGAUAUGUCGGUGGCACUUUUUGGACAAAUUUUUCCAUGUGUUGCCAACAAACACCGAUUGCAAAUGUUAGAGCAUUUUAUCGAGUGUAUAAAGCAUGCGAAGAGCUCUCGGCAGGAAGCUGUACAAAUGAACGUAUUUACUGCUUUGCUGAGUGGUCUAAAAGGAUUAAGUGAGGCAAAAACUAGUUUUGGUCAAGAAGAUGUAAAGAAGGCAGCAACUACCUUGAUCUUAGGGGCGCUAACUUCUGCAAAUCCAAUUUUACGUUGCGCAGCAGGCGAAGCUGUAGGUAGAAUGGCGCAAGUGAUAUCCGAUUCUCGAUUUACCGCCGAACUGGCUCAAACCAGUUUUGAUAAAUUGAAAUCGGCUCGAGAUGUUGCAAGUAGAACAGGCCAUUCGCUGGCGCUAGGAUGUUUGCACCGAUACGUGGGUGGGUUAGGUUCCAGCCAACAUCUUAACACGAGCGUUUCUAUCCUUCUGGCAUUGGCACAGGAUACUACGUCCCCGGUUGUCCAAGUUUGGGCUUUACAUGCACUGGCAUUAAUAUCAGAUUCCGGCGGUCCCAUGUUCAGAGGUUAUGUAGAACCUACAUUAUCAUUAGCGUUAAAAUUAUUGUUAAAUGUUCCUCAAUCACAUAUCGAUAUACAUCAGUGCAUUGGAAAAGUACUUUCUGGUUUAAUAACAACCAUCGGACCAGAAUUGCAGGGCAAUACUGUGUCAAUUUGUAUGGCAAGGUCAUCAUUCCUCUGCGCGUGCGCAAUUAUGCAAGAUCAUCAAGAUCCACUGGUCCAAGCCGAAGCAACAGGGUGUUUACAACAACUUCACUUAUUUGCGCCGCGACAUGUGAAUUUAUCUUCUCUAGUACCCACACUAUGUCGUACUUUAUCUAGUAAUCAUCUUUUGCUACGGAAAGCAGCCACGUCGUGUUUGAGACAGUUGGCGCAAAGGGAAGCAAAGGAAGUUUGCGAGCACGCUAUGACUCUCGCAAACGAAAGUCGAGAUGCUAAUACGGUCGAGGGAUUGUUAAUUACUGAAACCGGACUGCCGGGAGUUUUAUUCACUAUGCUCGAUACGGAAACCGAUAGCAGCCUGAUCAAAGAUAUUCACGAUACGCUGAUUAGUAUGCUGCAAAUGCUAGCCGCAGAUAACCUCUCUCAGUGGCUGGGUUUGUGCAAAGAUGUUUUGACAGUUGCUGCAGGUAUUUAUCACAUUUUUUAUAAAUGCACACUUUAUUUUUACAUUUUGUGUAUUUGGUUCGAAUAGAGCCAUUUUUGAUUC